AUGCGUGUAAAUACACCAUCUCUAUUGAUAUGCGGCCCGAUGAUAUCGCAAGCUGAUGCUGCGUAUCUGCCACAAGUUCGGUCCAGCCUUGUACACAACAAAGACCUUUCAUACUUGCGUGAAGCCGUCUCAGAGUUGCCCAAUCUCUGGCUACGCCUUGUUAGGGAAGAACCGUCUCUCGGGGAGAUUGAUGUGGCGUUAUUUCUUGACAACUUGUCGCAGUGGGUGAAGGGGAACAGCACUCAGCCCACAGCAAGCCGUGACUCGAGAAAUACACAAUGGGCGGUACUUACUGUACUAGUUCAUAUUGUGGAAUAUAUGGAGUAUUUGGAUAAUUUUUCCUCGCGGGACGAGGACGGGUGUGGACACCUGGAUGCCCACGCUGCGCUUCUAGAUCAUCUCCACGAUGGAGGCAUCCAGGGAUUAUGCAUCGGUCUCCUCACAGCAUUAGCACUCGCCUGCGCUCCAAGCCAUGCAGAAAUAGCAAAGUAUGGCGCCGUUGCUGUCAGGUUAGCCUUGUGUUGCGGGGCGUACAUUGAUCUCAACGAAGCAAAGUCACCGGCGAAGACAAUAUGUGUCACCACCCGGUGGCCGGGCGAUGAUGGCGACGACAAGGGAGAUAUCGAUCGAAAAUGUGAUGAACAGCUUCAAGCUAUCUUGGACACAUAUCCAGAUGCCUACAAGAGUGUUCAAACUGACGUUUCCACCGUGACUAUUACGACAAAUGAGGGCGAUGUAUUGGCACUGCUGGGUGAAUUAGAGAAGGGUGGUGCAACAUCAAAAAGAAUUGACCUUCAUGGACGUUAUCACUACGGGGGGAACCAAGCUGCGCUACUCAAGUUGUUGCAGCUCAGCAAGGCCCUGCCCAUGCUUCAGUUUCCCCGAGGUUCGCGCCUUGUCGUGCCGGUCAGGAACAACUGCAGUGGAAGUAUAGUGGAGGAUAACACAGCACUGCACGAGAUGGCUUUGCGAUGCAUCCUCGUCGAAAACGCCGAAUGGCUUAAAACAAUAUCGAGCUCCAUUAGCGCAAAUACCCGUCAGGCACAACUACUGGUUCUUGGUCCAGUUAAUUGUGUACCUCGAUCACUCCUACUCCGCUCACCUCAGCCGAUAUCUCUGAGUGUAAGUGGAAAAGCCGACAACAUCUACCCUGACCAGUCCAUCGCUAUUAUAGGGUCGUCAUGUUGUUUUCCAGGCGCUGAGAAUCCAAGGCAAUUGUGGGAAUUCAUUCGAACAAAACAAACUCAUGGCGUUGUCGAUGCUGCCGGCUCUUUUGAUUGCUCUUUCUUCCGGAAGUCUCCCCGGGAAGCCGAAUACAUGGAUCCUCAACAGCGACUUGGCCUUCAUCUUGCGCAGGAAGCUUUGGAAUCAGGAGGCUACUUCAGCCCGUCUUCCUCUGCCACCAAAAAUGUAGGCUGCUACCUUGGUAUCUCUUCCUGCGACUAUGAGGACAACGUGAAUUCUCACCCACCAACUGCAUACUCAUUCACGGGUACUGCGCGUGCCUUCGCCAGCGGCCGAAUAAGCCACUUCUUUGGUCUCACCGGGCCAUCUAUGGUGAUUGACACUGCGUGUUCAUCCUCAGGGGUUGCUAUCAACACGGCAUGCCGCGCUAUUCAGUCAGGGGAGUGCACCAUGGCCCUAGCAGGAGGCAUUAAUCUGAUAUCAAGGGAGGCCAGAACGCAGGAAAACCUAGCGGCAGCUUCAUUCCUCAGCCCGACGGGAGAAUGCCGGCCCUUUGAUUCGAAAGCGAAUGGUUAUCGCCGUGGUGAAGGCGGCGGUCUUGUCCUUUUGAAGAAGCUGUCGUCUGCGGUUGCGGAUGGAGACGUUGUUCUAGGCGUGAUAGCGGCCACUGCUGUUAAUCAAAGUGAAGGAAACAAGUCCAUCACCCUGCCCUCAUCGGAAUCACAGACCAGUCUAUACCAAAGAGUUCUAGAGUCGGCAAAUCUGAAACCCCGGCACAUUUCAUAUGUAGAAGCUCACGGUACAGGUACGCAAAAGGGUGAUCCAAUCGAGUGUCAAAGCAUCCGCACCGUCUUUGGAGGAACUGUUCGCCCGGCUUGCAGGCAGCUACACGUCGGUUCGAUCAAGAGUAAUAUUGGCCAUAGUGAAGCGGCGUCUGGCAUAGCUGCUCUCCUCAAGGUGUUGCAGAUGUUGCAUCAUCGGGUCAUUCCCCCACAGGCUAAUUUUGAGGAGCUCAACCCAGCAAUAUCUCCUCUGCACGAUGAUAACAUUGAGAUUUCUCGACACACAAAGCCAUGGGAGGAGCGAUUCAGAGCUGCGUUAGUUAAUAACUACGGUGCAUCUGGCACGAAUGCUGCUAUGCUUGUAUGCCAGCCUCCGUCAAUCCAGCAUAGAUUGCCAUUGUUUCCCAAUCGGCCUUGCCAUUAUCCUAUUCUUCUUACGUCUCACUCAAAUGAGAGCCUACAGUUGUAUUGUCGGAAUAUCCUCAGGUUUAUUGAGAACCAGAAUAAUGUUGUCAGCGACGAAGAGGUACUAGCCAACACAGCAUUUCAUCUUGCUCAACGCCAGGACCAUAGUUUGAGUUUCCGCUUGACAUUUUCGGUCAGCUCGAUUGAAGAAUUAAAGCUGAAGUUGCAGCAGCAAUCAACCAGCCAGUCUUACAAAGAUGGGCCAAUUCAGAAGCAUAGUGCACAACCGGUGGUGGUCGUUCUGGCUGGCCAGACCGGCCGUCGAGUUCGCCUUAGCCACGAGAUUUACGCCAGCUCAGAACUGUUACAGCGUCAUUUGGGGAGGUGUGACCGCGCACUGCAGACCAUGGGCUUUGCCAGCUUGUUUCCUGGCAUUUUUGACACAGAGCCUCUCGAGGACUUGGUUCAAGCCCACUGUAUGCUGUUCUCACUGCAAUACUCGGUAGCCAUGUCAUGGAUCGACUCUGGUUUAAAGAUUGAUGCUUUGGUUGGUCACAGUCUCGGCCAACUGACUGCUCUUUGCAUCAGCGGCAUGCUCAGCUUGCAAGAUGGACUGAAGCUGAUCUCGGGCCGGGCAUCGCUUAUCCAGAGUAAAUGGGGGGCGGAAUGUGGCGCUAUGCUCAGCGUUGAUGCAGAUGCAGAAACUGUCCAAAACCUAGCAGACUCAUUGCCAGCAGGAUACAAGGUCGAAAUUGCGUGCUAUAACUCUUCUCAAAGUCACGUUGUCGUGGGGACAAAGGCAGCCAUCACGGCUUUUGAAAAGGCCGCUGACUUACGAGGCGUGUCGCUGCGGCGUUUGGCAAUAUCGCAUGGUUUCCAUUCUGAGAUGAUAGACUGCAUCCUCCCUGACUACAAUAAGCUGGUCCAAGGACUAGUGUUGCACCCUCCAGCCAUUGCUAUCGAGCCCUGCUCACAAUCUGGUCACAGCUGGGCAAACGCGACACCAGAGAUCAUAGCUCGGCAAUCCCGCGAGCCAGUUUACUUUGCCAACGCUAUUUCCAGGCUUGAGAAGCGCUUCGGGUCUUGCAUUUGGCUUGAGGCAGGAUGGGGAUCUGCCGGAGUCAACAUGGCGCGACGUGCCCUCACGCAUGGCCCAACUCGCAGUCUAUCAACCCAUUCGUUUUAUCCCGCAGCACUAGGCGAACCAGACUCGGUGAAGGCUCUGGCAGACACGACUAUUAAUCUCUGGAAUGCAGGCAUACGAGUUCAGUUUUGGCUAUAUCACCGGUCUCAGACAGGUUCUCCAGCCCCGUUGGAACUACCUCUUCAUCCUUUUAUGAAGUCAGAAUACUUAUUACCUGUGGUGAAGCAUUCUAAGAAAGCGCAGAGCGAGAAGGAUGGUCAGCCAAUUAUUCAAGAAAAAGCGACAUUAGUCUCCCUAAUCGGGAAAACACAAAAUGCGGGUGUACAAACAGUCGAGUACUCCAUCAACCAGAAUAGCGAGGAGUAUUCUGUGUAUGUCCGAGGGAGGACAGUCUUUGAGCACCUUCUAGCACCGGUAUCUAUGUACAUAGAAUCCGCCACCCGCGCGUUUCGCUUGCUCUCGACUCAUAAGUUGGUCUCCUUCUCAACUUCGGCCUCGAUGGAGUUGAAGAACCUCAAGCUACAUGCGCCAUUCGGCUUCGACCUGCAAAAGUCCUUGCGUAUGAUACUACGAAAGCUGGGAGAAGAUGCAUGGGAGUUCCGAGUCGAGAGCCACCCCAUCCACGAAAAAGAACGAGGCUCGGUACUCCAGGCUACGGGUGUUAUUACCCUGCAGGAAGUGUAUUCCCACCUCGCUCCACAUCGACCACUUCUUCGUCGGCUGUACGACCGAUGUGAGGAGUUGGGCAAAGACGUCAGCGCCUCCGUUGUGCAAGGUGACUUCAUCAAGAAAAUCAUAAACAGCGUGGCGAGAUAUGAUGACAGAUAUAUUGGAGUACGCUCUAUUACAUCAAAGGGGUUUGAGACAGUUGCCCACGUUUUUGAACCUGAAAUUGCCUCACAAUUUACUCCAACCACGCCCUUCAACCCCUUGUUGCUGGACAACUUUUUGCUCAUAGCCGAAAUCCAGGCCAACAACCUGGGAGGUGUGACGCCUGACGAAAUAUACGUCGGCAACGGCUUCGAUGCCGCUACUGCUUAUACCAACGCCGAGGACUCAGAGCCCAGUACGAAAGGGCAUUGGGUUGGCCUCUAUAGCUUCGAUCAUCAGGAAAACGACGGCAUCCUGUGUGACAUCUUCAUCUUCUGUGCUGAGCGCAAAAUCCUUUCCAUGACAAUACUCGGCGCCAAGUUUCAGAAAAUUGCGAUUAGUUCUUUAAAACGUGCGCUCAAAACGAUCAACGGAGUUCCACAAACCUCAGGUGGCAGAACGCCAAGCAGCUCAAUCACGGAGUUUAUAAGCGGGGACGAUGCGAGCCCGUGUCUCCCAAUCCCCGGUGCAGAUAAACCAAUCUUUAUCAGAGAAGAUGAUUUCGGUUUCAUGACAACCAGUGGUCAUAUGGAUGAAGAGAACCACUUGAUCCCAGAAUACGACGUCAUUUCAGGCUCCUCUCGGUCCACAUCCUCUAGCCCUCCCAGUUUGGAAUCUCGAUCACAAGCCAUGGACACCGAGGAAAUCACAGAGGGAGCCGGUAGUGCCCUAUUCAACUUACUCUCAAACCAUUUGAACUAUCCCAAAGGUCUGUCUCCGGACACACCUUUGGGGGCACUUGGACUGGACUCACUGGUUGCGAUCCAACUUCAAUCAGACAUCGAACAGAUGUUUGGGAAGAAUUCACAACUUAUGGACAUCAACGAGAGUUCGACAUUCUCAACCCUCUUUCACACGAUCUUUCCACAGCAGCAGACUGAUCAAUUUGGGUUUGUACCUCUACACGACCAGACAGGCAAGGACAGGCUUGAGUCGGCCGUCCCGCUUCGGCUGGGAUACAGCCAUAUCAAGCAUGCGGCUCCCUCCUUUAACGAUUCGUUGGAUCGAUCAAAUACCCUAUUUAUUCGCCAAGUUCCGCAUGCUAUGGACGCCUUGAAACAAAACAUUUCCUCAACCAUCAAGGCUGCUGGGUUCCAUGACUUCUUUUCAGAUGUACAUCCAAGACAAAGAUCUCUGGUUCUAGCAUAUAUUGUGCAUGCUUUUCGGGAACUAGGGUGCGAUAUAAGGUCCCUUGAAGUGGGAGACGAACUCCCCUCCGUUCAAUUCAAGCCCAAGUACCAAAAUGUGAUGAAUCGCCUUUUCGACAUCCUAGGAAGCGAGGGUGUUAUUAAUGUUUUGAAUAAGCGUUACUUGGGUGGCCUGGCUUCGUUCCCGGAGAGGAGCGCGGAGGAUAUGCACAAGGCUAUUAUGAAUGACUACCCGAGCUACCAUCCAGAUCACAAGUUGUUACACACUACAGGAGCGCGCCUUGCAGACUGUAUUUCGGGCAAGGUAGAUCCUCUGCAGAUCCUCUUUCAAAACGCGACCUCGAUUAAACUCUUGGAAGAUGUCUAUGUUAAAUCACCCAUGUUUGGAACUGGCAAUCUGUUACUGGGCGAAUUCAUGAAUUGCCUCUUUUCUUACAACAAGACACCGGAUAGGCUAAACCACAUCCGUAUUCUGGAGAUUGGGGCAGGCACGGGAGCAACAACACAGCUCGUGGUAGAUCGACUACUGGCAUGUAACGUGGAUUUCACCUACACAUUUACUGAUGUCUCCGCUGCUCUCGUCGCCAGCGCAAGGGAGAAGCUUACUUCACGAUAUGGUCAGCAUCAGCGAUUUGACAUGGAGUUUGAGACGCUCAAUAUCGAGAAGGAGCCACCGGCAAGUUUUGCGCAAUCGUACGACCUGGUGAUCUCGGCAAACUGUAUUCACGCAACGCGAGACCUGCGAAAGUCCUGCAGCAAUAUAGAAAAACUGCUUCGAAAGGACGGGGGUGUGUUAUGCCUUUUGGAGCUAACACGACCACUAGAGUGGUUAGACUGUGUCUUUGGCUUGCUUGAUGGAUGGUGGCGUUUUGAUGACCACCGGACAUAUGCUCUAGCGGGGGAGCAGGAUUGGAAGACAAUUCUACUACAGUCGGGCUUUGGCCAUGUUGAUUGGACCGAUGAUGGUUCACGCGAAGCCCAGCAGCUGAGACUAAUUACGGCAUGGCGCUGA